UUUCAGUGGAGAAAACAUUGCACUUGAAGGAUAACUGAAAGACUUGUUGUCGUUGUUUUUUUUUUUGCUUUCAAUUAGUUAAACAUGAACAAGGUUCUGUUCAGGUUGAUGUCACCAUUCAAGGUAACUGUAUUGGUUAACGUUGUUCUUGAACUUUUUUACCAAAUAAUAUGUCACAAUUCAAGGUACCUGUAUAGUCUAGAUUAACUUUGUGCUUGAAAUUUUUUUUACCUAAUAAUAUGUCACAAUUCAAGGUACCUGUAUAGUCUAGAUGAACUCUGUGCUUGAAUUUUUUUUACCAAAUAAUAUGUCACAAUUCAAGGUACCUGUAUAGUCUAGAAUAACUUUGUGCUUGAAUUUUUUUUUUUACCAAAUAAUAUUAAAUAUUUAUCGCCAUUUUUAUGCAACAUGUUUUGCUAAUCUUACUACGUGGUAAGAAUAAAUAGGAUUCGUUAGUUAAGAAUGUUAUUGAGCUAUUUACAAAAUUGACCGCCCAUUUGCAUUAAAUGUGUUCAAUACUAGGAGAAUGAAACACAAAUAUUGAUGAAAAACAAACGAGUUAAUCUGAUUUUAAGAAUACAGACACAACUGAAUCUUAAGCACGUUUUUUAUUAAACGUUUAAAACUCUAAGUCAGUUAUUUGUUUUUAAAAAAUAAUUUCAGGGGAUAGUCAGCAUCACCUUGUGCUUGUUCACUUUGUCGGCUGCGAUGUCCAAAGAUCUCUGUGACCACGGAUGCAAAUGUGUGCUUGAAACAGCUCAGUGUCAAUUUACCAAUUUCAAAAACGUGACAGGUUUUUUCCCAAAUGUCAUCGUAAACAUAAAGAUAUCAAGCUUUAAAUUGAAUGACCUCGGUCCUAUCAAGUUCGGCAAUUCUACUGAAACCAUUUCCUUUCAUAAUGGAGAAGUUUCAACACUGACACCCCUGGCGUUCCGCGGUCUACGUUCUGUAAGGCUCAUUGAAUUUUUAGGUGCCAAUAUCCAAACAAUUCAAUCAGACGCUUUCAGCGACAUUGCAAGUCAUGCAAGCAUCAAUUUUAUAGAUUGCAUCAUUGGAAUCAUUGGCCCAGAGGCGUUUCACCAUCUGAGAGGACUUAGAGAGAUACGCUUCGAGCACUCUUUAAUUUCCGUUAUCAGCUCGUUCGCUUUCAGAGACAUUCAAGCUCACAGCUUUAACAUAACAGACACGGAAAUUACGAAUUUGCAAAACUUCUCAUUGCACUCACUCUACGACUUGGAGGUGUUCGAAUUCAAUAACCUUGUGGUGGAUAUCGUGUCGAGCAGUGCUUUUGAAAACCUGAGGAACAUCUCCCGGGUGAAGCUGACCAACUGCCACUUCAAGACGUUACCUUGCCUGGUCCUCAAAGGUCUAAGGGAAGCCACCCCGGGAAAUCACGACACCUUUCAGUUCACCAAAUCUCAAAUUGAUUGCGAUUGCUCAGUCGCAGCCUUCAUGGAAUACAUCAGGGCUCACCCUAAUUCUGUUGCAGACACUGUCGAGUGUUCCCGGGGGAACGCUCUCUUCAACGGAUCCCUUAAAACACUGAGCACGCAUGAGCUAAAGAGCAAGUGUUCAAAUUCAACGUGUGUUUUAGAAGUAGAAGAUGCGUCCACCUCUUCCAUGCAAGGCGUUGGGGUGGAUACGGCUCGUUCUGUUACAAAUUCACACGUUUUGGUUGCAAUGUUGCAAGGAAUCUCAAUGGUCUCGUGGUAUUUUUGUAAGUAAAUGGCAUCAAAUUAGUGUAAGGAGAAAGAUACAAUCUAUAAACGACAUGAUAUGGUGAAUGGGUAUAUGUAGGAGCAUUGAAAUCAAUGAAAAGAGAUUUACACGAAAGCCAAGGAUACAUUCUAGAAUCCUUUAUUGUUUGUCAUAACUUCAAUUUGUUUUUUAGGCGAAAUGUUAAUGAUAAAUCAUUUGAACACUGAUCACAUUAUACAAAUGAAAUGUUGUUGUUUUUUUUUACUUUGACAUUACAAUUUCAAUAAUGGUUAACUCCUUUGAUACUUAUUCACAGCUGUUGUAAAAAAUCAUAUUAAAACUCACGACUGUUGUCCUUAUAUUGAAGAAGUUAAUUUUUACCCUCAUGACUUCUUUAAGUAUUAAUGGGGCAUUCAAUAAACGUGUUAUCUUAAGUGGCAUAUAAUGUCAGCUUUUCUUUCAAAAAUCUCCUUUAAAAUAAAGCGAAAAGAUGUUUAAAAAAGAAAAUAAUAAAAAUAAAAACACCAACAGUAUUAUCAUUUUUAUAACACGUUUUUAAAGAGGAGCAACUGUACCAUAAACCUAUUUAAAUGAGGGAAAUGUGAAAAUAAUGAAAAAUAUAUACGCUCAGUAUAUUUGAUCUUGUUACGAUGUAAGAUACAUAUUAUUUUUUUACCAGUAUUAUUAUUAUUAUUAUUAUUUGAAAAAUACAAAGUUAACGUUAAGACUUAAACCAUGGGGAAAAGUGGCCGAUAUUUUGAUCAAUACCGAAUUAAAUUAACUUUCCAUCGCUACGAAGGCCUAUAUUUUUAAUUUCGGUUUCUUUACAAUAUAUUAUCAACUUUUAAAAUAGGACAGGGUGCUAAUUGUCUAAUGUCAUCGUGCUUAAAAAAUAUAGCUAUUAGUAUAAUUUUUGCCAUUCAUAAACAAUUUAUAAAAGUUGUCAUUUAGACCUUUUCUACUAGGUUAUUAGUAUAACCGCUUUUUUGUGACGACCCCUUUUUUUAUAUGGAAAUAUAGUUGUUUUUCAAUUCAUUAAUUGAUGAAGGAGCGAAAAGAAAUAAACAUUUUAAAUAAAAAUAUAUUAGUAAGAAACUAUACAGUGUAGUAACAA